UUUCAAUAUUAUUACUAUAAAUUAAUAACACACCGGUUGCAUGGGACAUUAAUUAUUAUGGAAUCCACGACGCAACCCAGGGUGCCAUUAAUUAAAUGAUCUGGCAAAGAAGUUGACUUGGCAUCAAGCACUGUUUUUGUUUCCUAUCUCUUGUGUUUGAGUUUCUGACAAGUGACAACUAUGGCGGAAUCAUUCCUCUUCAGCAUCGCAGAGUCACUCUUAGCAAAGCUUGCUUCUCGGGCUUAUGAAGAAGCUUCUCAGGUGCUGGGUGUAUACGAUCAACUCAGAGAGUUUAAAGGAACUCUGUCAUUAGUGAAGGCUGUGCUGUUAGAUGCUGAUCAAAAGCAAGAGCAGGAGCAGAACAACGAGCUGCGGGAAUGGCUGAGCCAGAUCAAACGUGUCUUCUAUGAUGCCGAAGAUGUGUUGGAUGAAUUUGAGUGUCAAACACUAAGAAAACAAGUGGUCAAAGCUCAUGGUACCACCAAAGCCAAGGUAGGUCACUUCUUCUCCAGCUCUAAUCCACUUGUUUUUCGUUAUAGGAUGGCUCGACAAAUUAAAGAUAUCUGUAAGAGACUUGACAAGGUUGCAGCUGAUAGGCAUAAGUUUGGUCUUCAAAUAAUUCAUGUUGAUAGGCGUGUUGUGCGUAGGAGAGAAUUGACACACUCUCGUAUGGUUGAUUCAAAUGUCAUAGGAAGGGAACAUGAUAAAGAAAAGAUCAUAGAGCUUUUGAUGCAGCAAAAUCCUAAAGAUGAUGAUACAGGUCUCUCUGUUAUCCCCAUUGUGGGGAUGGGAGGCUUGGGAAAGACCACACUUGCAAAGAUUGUGUUCAAUGACAAGAGGGCAGAUGAGUGUUUCCCAUUGAAAAUGUGGGUGUGUGUUUCUGAUGAGUUUGAUAUUAAGAACCUAGUCAUCAAAAUCAUCAAUUCUGCCAAUGAUUUAGCUUCUGUUGAUGCUCCUCCUCACCAACAGAAUUUAAAUCUGUUAGAUCCAGAGCAACUGCAAAUUCAAUUGUCAAACAAACUUGCUGAUAAAAAAUUCUUACUCAUCUUAGAUGACGUGUGGAAUGAAAAUCGUGUUAAAUGGGUUGAGUUGAAAAAUUUAUUACAAGUAGGUGCUACAGGAAGUAAAAUUCUAGUGACUACACGUAGUCAAACAAUUGCUUCUAUGAUGGGCACCAUCCCCUCUCACAAUUUAGAAGGUCUUCCUCUGGAGGAUUCAUUGUCUCUAUUUGUCAAAUGGGCAUUUAAAGAAGGAGAAGAAGAAAAACAUCCUCAUUUGGUAAAUAUUGGGAGAGAAAUUGUGACAAGAUGUGGAGGGGUUCCAUUGGCUGUGAGAACAUUAGGGAGUUUACUAUUCUCUAAAUAUGAGGCAAAUGAGUGGGAAUAUGUGAGAGACAAUGGAAUUUGGAAUAUGCCACAAGAAAAAGAUGACAUUUUACCUGCACUUAAAUUAAGUUAUGAUCUCAUGCCGUCCUAUUUGAGGCAAUGCUUUGCGUUGUUUUCCCUUUACCCAAAAGAUCAUGAAUUUGAUAGUUCUGAUCUAACUGCACUUUGGGGAGCACUUGGAUUCCUUGAUUCACCAAAAAAGAAUUGGACACCGGAAGAUGUUGCCAAUCAGUAUUUGUAUGAACUAAUGUCAAGAUCUUUUCUUCAAGAUUUUUUCAACUUUUCCACGGUUUAUACAUUUACAAUACAUGAUUUGGUGCAUGAUCUUGCUCUAUUUGUUGCAAAGGAUGAGUUUCAAUUUAUAAAUUCCCACAUUCAAAAUAUCCAUGACAAUGUUCGACAUCUAUCUUUUGCUCAAAGCAGUUUUGUUGACAAUUUAUUCACCACAAGAUCAGUACCUGUGAGAACCAUAAUGUUUUUAGAUGGUGAAUCUAAAGAAGCCAACAGUGAAGCUUUACUAAAUAUUUGUGUGUCAAAGUUCAAAUACUUGCGAGUUUUGGAUUUAAGUUAUUCAGCAUGUGAGACUUUGCCUCGUUCCAUUGGUAAGUUGAAGCACUUGAGAUAUUUCAGUAUUAGGUAUAAUCCUUGUAUUAAGGGACUCCCUGAUUCUAUUUGCAAGCUUCAAAAUUUGCAAGUGUUGAAUCUUGUUGGAUGCAUGGAGUUGGAAGCAUUGCCCAAAGGAUUAAAAAAAUUGAUCAGUCUCCGGGAUUUCCGCAUAACCACAAAGCAAUCUGUUUUGCCUUACAAUGAGAUUACAAACUUAAGCUCACUAUCUAUUUUUGCAUGCCAUAAUCUGGAGUCUAUCUUUGGAGGAGUGAAAUUCCCUGCUCUUAAAACAUUGUCUGUUUUUUACUGUGGGAGUCUGAAGUCUUUGUCAAUGGAUGCAAAAAAUUUUCCUGAAUUAGAAACGUUGAUUGCCUAUGGAUGUGGUAAUUUGGACUUGGAACUGUGGAAGGACCAUCAUCAAGAAGAAAGCCCCAAGUUGAAGUUAAAAUCUGUUACGUUUGCGGAUAUUCCACAGCUAGUGGCCUUGCCUCAAUGGCUUCAAGGAACUGCCAACUCCUUACAGUCUUUGGUAAUUUCAAGUUGCUACAAUCUGAAAAUGCUUCCAGAGUGGCUUUCAAGUCUGACUAAUUUGAAAACACUUGCUAUAUUAGGUUGUCCAGAGUUUCUAUCUCUCCCAGAUAACAUCUGUCACCUCACUGCACUUGAAAGUUUGAUGAUUGAAGGUUGUCCUGAAUUAUCUAGAAAAUGUCAGCCUCGUGUUGGAGAAUUUUGGCCUAAAAUAUCUCAUAUCAAACACGUUCACAUUGAAGAACCAAUAGAACUGGAGGAAAAGAAAGAAGAAUCAGAGUAAAAGCAAGACGAAGAGAAAUUCUUAAAUGAAACAAAAAAGAUUUGAAGCCCUUGUUUUAUUUCUUUAUGCUGUUCGAGGGAGUGUUUUCUAUUAUGUAGAUUGUGAUUCGAAGAAGGUUUUCUGAAUAUGUUUUCAACUCUUCAUGAAUUUCAAUUUAGAACCUCCAUGAUUUGUGCAUGCAA